UAACUAUAUCCGGGUUUUGUUAGCAUUCUAACGAUCAUUUCGGGUUAAGGUCGCCGUAAAAAGUUACAUAUUAUUCCCAAAUCCGUAUGGUGAAAUUAAGCUAUUAGCUAAGACUUGUGUGACACGCCAUAAAGCCAUCAGAGGAGUUGGCAGCGCGCCACAGCCAAAUAGUGACAGAAACGAAGCCCGUGAGUCAGCGGUACGACGCGGAACCUGUGUGCGGCGGCGCGAUCGAUAGACACUGCACCCUCCCCGCGCCGCGCGCCUGCACCUGCCGGCAGAGCCCACGGCCCCAGCGAGCCGUCCGCCACACGACAAAAACACGCGUAAAAUCCUCCAAAAAUCGACAGAAACACCAAGAAACAGUGCUUUCCUCCAAGUCAAUUUCACCAUUAGUAACCAGUUCAGUGGUUCAAGGUCGCCACGGUCGACGACCCCGGUUAACUUUAGGAGAAACGUCUACCUCAUAAAGUAUUAGUCGAAUACGCCGCUGUUUAUUAUUUGUGUUGAUCUGUGAAAUUUUAUUUUUAAUUAUUACGUGUAGUGGGCAAGGUCGUGGUGCGUUUGCUGUGCACAAAUGUUGAAUCUUUAUCAUUGGAAACACGCGCGUGCUCCGCGGCGGUACACAACAAAGGAGGUUGCGCUAAUCGCCUUUUCCUGACUUCUUAUUGCUUUGCUUUGUGGAUGUGAAUUAAUCUGGUCUGCAGCGAUGGCGUCUAAAGUCCUGGUGCCAGCUGCUCCGUUCACGAAGCUCCAAACCCAUCAUUUGCAGGUGAGCAAGUCACCGCCGGAGCCUUCGAGUGGAGGAUUCAUCAUCGGCGGGGAUCCUGUCGCCAGGGUCGCGCACCUGGAGCAUAGCGUCAGGUUCCUGCAGGAGCAGCACCGGCUCAUGCUGAAUGGGCUACAUAGCGAGAUUGAAGCGCUGAGGGAGAGGAAUAGAGAUUUGCAGUUCCAACUCAUAUUCAAUAAAGAAUCGUCUCCCAAAACCAGUUCGCCUGCAGCCGAGGAAAAUACCGAAAACAAUGAGACGAAGCUGAAACGCGAGGUGACCCGCUUGGAGCAGGAGGCGACUGCCGCCCGCGCCGAGGCGAAGGCCGCGGAGGCACGCGCCUGCCAGCUGCAGCUUCUAGUUGAUGCACAGACUGAGAAGCUGCGCGCGCUGGAGGUGUCGCAGUGCGCGUCGUGCGGCUCGGAGGGGGGCGCGGGGGGCGCGGCGCAGGAGUCGCGCGCCGAGCUGCGCGCGCGGCUGGGCGAGGCGGAGCGCCUGGUGCGGCGCCUGCGCGCCGACGCCGAGCGCCAGCGCAGAGAGGUACCGCCGGGCGGCGCCGUCACUAACCUCUUGUUCGACGGCCACGCUCACUUACAGUGUAUGAAGAAUUCUUUGCACGCGAGUCUGCGAGCCAGCGGGCUGGACGCGUACGGCUACCAGAACAAUUACCACUUCCCGCCUGUCCACACUCCUGACUUUUGGCGAGAACCGCUCAGAGAGGAAUUCAACAUGGUGGGUUCCCGAGGGCGAAGCACGCGGCGACCGCUCACACUGCCAGAACUCUCCGGACAACAAAUGCACCGCUCUACCGUAUAUGCUAAUAAUCAUACACGUCCCAGAGCCAAUGGUUACGACAAGAAUAAAAAGACCCAGUCAGUGAAUGGCGAAGCUGCUACUACCUCUCCUAAGACUCCGGAAGAACCUUCAGAAAGCCGAAUUAGAUCAAUAUACGCGAGUGAUUUAGCGAAACACGACAGUAGUAAAAUGAACUCUAACGACAUGUACCCAGAGGUGAAAAUGGUUGUCAUAAAAUUAUUGUCACACUGUCAGGUGAGCGGCGCGUCGUGCGGCGCGCCGGCCCCGCGUGCCCGCGCGCGCCGCCAGCCGCGCCGACACGCCGACCACACGUAAUGACCACAACUCCCACGCCACCGCCCGAACCUCGAUGUCUACACUAUGCCAGAUUCUUGUCCACUAGCUUUGCUUGUCCGAAGGCUGUGGCGACUACACUAUAGGUACACUCAACUUUUAUUAAAAGCGCAAUACAUAAUCUAUGUUCUUGAAUGUUGGGUAGAACGAUAUUUUGCAUAGACUAUUCAUCGUAUUCCAUCAAUUUCAUAAAGAAUGAAAAACUCGUAUAUACCAAUGCGCAUGCGCAAGGCAACACUAACUUCGGAAAAGUAAAGUUAUUUGACGAGAACUAUAUCAACAUACAUCACUGAAGACCAUUCUACUAUUUACAUGUUAAUGUCAACAUAAAGGUCAUGUCCAGUGUUAUAUUUUAACAACCACUAAACAUGUUAUCCAUACUACAGACACUAUCCAUAAUAUCUAAUGAGUUUAAUAACUCUAUAUUUUUAAUGGGGAACGCACAUUUAACAAAGAAAAUACAAGAGAGUACAAAGGAAAUAGAAAAAAUGCUUGGAAGCUCAGGUAAAAGUGUGAAGCUAUCUUUACUCCAAUAGAUGUGCGUUCACCAUGAAAGUUAUGUUAUAUAUGGUAUAUCUCCAUUAAAUCAACAAAUUACUUAAGUACCUACAUAUGUACUUGUCAAAUCUUUAAAACUUACUGAAAGCAUUUUCCGCGCACGUAAAAUGCUGGAACAACGAACAUGUUUUGGAAUAUCAUAAUUUGCAUGAAAAUUAUGUUCGUAUGAAUCUAUAAAAUAUCAAUAUAGAAAGACUGAAAGACCAAAGUAACGUCAUAUUUUUAGGCACCAGUCUAACAAACAAAACAAAAGUUGGUGUCUACAAAAUCCAAAGCUAAAAUUCGACACCUAAAAUAUAUUGGCUAGUCAAUUUAACAAAUUUUAAAGAUUAAAAUACAAAUCUCUCCAUGAACUAAUUGACCAACAAAUUACUAUCGUAAAAUUGAGGACCUAUAUAAUACUUAUUGUAUGUACCAAUGUAAGCGCCUCACACACUAGACAAACUCAAUGUAGAAUUCGGUUUAAAAAGCAUUCAACUAUUUACUACUUAAACGUAGCAAUUUGAGGGUGUGCUAUAUCUCCCAUUAUUUAUAAUUCAGCCACUUAAUAAAACCUAUUUUAGCUACCAACUGUCUUUUUCUGUCAAGCCUAUGACGAAAGACGAAAAGAGACAAAAUCUAAAAUGGCGGAUGGCUGGAUUAUGAAUAAGGUGAUCGAUAUUUAUUGUGUUUGAGGCGCUUUACAUAAAAAAAAACCUCACUAUGGGCUGAUCAAAAUGUCUCCAAGAAAUUGCAACUGUAGUUUCAAUAACAGCCACCUAGUUAGACUGAAUAUGACAACUGUACCACUUAUGCACAAGUUCACUGACAUAAAUGUUCGAUUUUCUUAAAACAACUCGUUACUUUAAAACUUUGAAAAUUCAUAGUUAGCAGGUGUUUUAAGAAAAGUGUCGUUUAUGUAGUUGAUGAACUUGAGCCUUUAGACAAAUAGCGUAACAAAUAAUCGACGGUUGGGCAACACUAAAGGAUUCAAUUACUAUGGUAUAAUCGUAAUCGCCUUCUGUAACGGUAAUAUAUUACUAACUCGUAGUUAUCGUAUAGCCUCAGACGACCGUGUUGAACUGGAGCCGUUACUUAAUGCUGCACGGAACACUCACUGUCUGAAAAUAUGUAACUGUCAAACUUAUCCAAGAUGGCGCUGACAUUCAUGGCGGCCAUCUUGAUUCUUUGACUUAAAAUUACCUAAUACCCUGUUAUGUACCGAAAACGUGGAUUUCGUGAACUGUAAUUACAACCUACAGUUCGCAAAAUCAUUCAUCAACAAAGCCCUGUUAUAGGUACUUCUCUCAACGAGAAGUAUUAUUAUAGAGAACACCAAUUACCAAUUAAUGAGUAUUUAGAGAUAUCAUUUUAUAAGCAUACUUAUGUGAAAACGCAUGAUCUUUUAAUUUUCCGUUCACAAUAAACUUGUCUUUGUCAAUUACUAUUAUAUUGUGGCGUCAGAAAAUUAAAAGGGCAUGAACACAUGCUAUGUGAAUAUGUUCCCGUGCAGCAUUAUGGACGCGCCCUUAGAUUUUGCUCAUUUGUGAUGUAAAGUGCAAUUUUGUACAUACAUGUAACAGUAAAUUUAGAAAAACUUAGUACUUAUGAGCAAUAAUGCUACGUAAUAGUUGCUUAGUGUUACGUCUCUUUCUUUUAUUAUAACGAAUAAAAAGGACGCAAGACGAACAUUGGCGAGUAGGUAGAAGUUUUUCUUUAUUAGAAUGUACAAAUAUUUUCGUUGCCUUCGGAAUCCAGUGAGAUAUCCCAGUAAUAAUACUGCCAUUAGCAUUUAUUUUCCACAGGACACGGAUUGCGAACUACGGCAUAACGGUAUGAUUAUGUACUAAAAUAUAAAGACUAAAAUAUUUUUAGCUGAAUUUAGAGUUAUUAUUAAAUAUAGUUAAAAAUGAUCUGCGAUUUUAAUCAUGUUUAAAGUUUAGAUAAACAACGUUUUUUAUAUAGUUACGCAGUUGUCCGCCCGAUUGCCGUGUAAGUGUGAACGGUCCUCAACGCUACAUUUGUGAGAGUGAUGUAGACCUACUAAAUGCUAUAUUUGUAGCCUUAUCCAUAUUAAUCUAAUUUAUUAAAUAAUACUAUUAAUUAUUAUAUUUGAAUAUUAUAAUUAUUGAUAUGAUAAUAUAUUUAUUGCAAAUG